GGAAGACUGAGCGUCGUCUUCCAUUCACAUUUCACAGUUAACAUUGAGAAAGGAAGAACUUCAAAAAUAAAAAAUGAGAGGGAAAACGAAGAUGUGGCUCGAAAACUACGAGACUUUCCUGGAAAAUCGCAACGAGAACGAUCUCAGCAUCAAUCAGCUCAAUCAGAUCAUACAUAUGCACGGAUUUGCGAAAGUACAUAGACAUCCCAAGGAUUUUCUCGCCAAUUCGAUCAGCACAAUCAAUCUGCUGGUACCUUUUCGAUCGACACUGGAAAUGAAAGACACGAUUUCACCUUGUGCUUUCCACAAGACCGAGGAGGUGAUGAAAGAUCUCUGCACCCUGGAUUGGCAGGAAUGUACAGUUCAGUCUGUGGAAACAUUGAGUUCAGGGAAAGGGAAACAUGCAUUAAUCCUCGAUCAACGCACGAAUUGUACCUCUUCUACUGUUCGUGAAAUCGUCGGAAAACCGGAAGUUCGAAAGAAGCGGAAAGUCAUGAAUGUGAUCACUGGGGAAAAAUCUCUUGCUCUUCUUGCUCUUGCUGCUACUCCAUCUUUCGCUCCUCAUAUACCUCGGAGGUCGUGUUAA